AUGGAAGCUGUAUGUGCCGCAUGUUCGCUGCAUAUCUACGAUCGUUUUAUGCUCAAAGCUCUUGAUAAAUUGUGGCAUGAAGAUUGUCUAAAGUGUUCAUCGUGUCACUGUCGUCUCAGUGAACUAGGCUCCAAAUUGUAUUACAAACACGAGAUGAUACUAUGUAGCAGAGACUAUCAACGACUAUUUGGUGCUAACGGUGUUUGUGCAGCUUGCGGUAAAAGUAUACCGCCAUCAGCGUUUGUGAUGAGAGCCAAAUCCAAGGUCUACCAUGUGCACUGCUUUGCAUGCCAAUUUUGCAGUGACAGGUUUUGCGUAGGCGAUAAAUUCUAUUUAUGUGACGACAAAAUUCUGUGCCAAUACCAUUAUGAAGAACGAAUGACUUUUCUGCAAGCUGCAUAUAACAAUCAUAGCUAUACAGAGAUCAGUCGAAACUUACAAAAACUUGAUGAUUUUGAACCGACCAAUAUUUAUAUUCCUCCGUAA